AUGAAACAGUUGAUUUAUGUCUGGCUUCUGUGUCACUUCGUUACUGUCCGAUCGAAAAACGUAGAUCUCAACAAUCUGAAAAACCGUGUUAAGGAACUGUUCUAUCAUGCGUACGAUGGUUAUAUGAGAUACGCCUAUCCCCUGGAUGAGUUGCGCCCGUUGACGUGCGAUGGUCACAAUACAUGGGGCAGUUUUUCCCUGACCCUAGUUGAUGCACUGGAUACUCUGGCCAUAGUAGGAAAUUGGAGCGAGUUUCGUCGAGCGGGCCAGAUGUUAUUGGAUCAUUUGGAUACCAGUAGAAAUGUUAAUGUGUCGGUGUUUGAAACAAAUAUUCGAGUGAUUGGUGGCUUACUAUCUGCUCACUUGCUGUCUCGACGUGCGGGCUUUCGAGUUGAACCUUCUUGGCCCUGCUCAGGGCCUUUACUGCGACAAGCCGAAGUAUUAGCCAACAAACUACUUCCUGCAUUUGAUACACCCACAGGAAUGCCUUAUGGUACAGUCAAUCUGGCUACCAAUGGUGUGCCUCCCAAAGAAACUCCGGUAACUUGUGCUGCUGGAGAUCCAAGAUUCGAAAAAGUGGCAAUGAAUGCUUUACGUAGCAUUUGGAAGUACAGGUCCGCAUUGGGACUGCUGGGAAAUCAUAUUGAUGUUCAAACGGGCCGCUGGACUGCCACGGAGUCAACCAUUGGUGCUGGUGUGGAUUCAUUGUUCGAAUAUUUGGUCAAGGGUGCCGCUUUGUUUCGGCUACCCGAGCUGGAUGCCAUGUUUCGUGGUCCCUGGAUGCUAUGUAUUAAGGAUCUGUCCAAUUCUGAGUGCGGAUACUCAGUAAUCCCAGAACUUCAAGUGGUUCAGAUGCAAGUUUCGGUGCAUAGUCGCUACACAACUCUAAAAUAUAAGCGCUCAAUCGACGCUUAUCUACGGCAUAACGACUGGCAUCUUUUGGUGAACAAAGACAGUGGACGGGUGACGAAACCCAUCUUUCAAGGUUUGGAUGCGUUCUGGCCUGCUGUUCUGAGUCUUACCGGCGACCUUGACGGGGCAUUGAGGCAUGUGACAGCUUAUCAUGAAGUGUGGAAGCAAUACGGUUUCAUUCCGGAAUCUUACAAUGUAGUCACUCGUGAGGCUGUCGUAAAACAAGAAAGUUAUCAUCUACGACCUGAGUUUAUCGAAUCUGUCUACUACCUCUACCGCGCAACCAAGGACCCGUUAUUCAUCCAAAUGGGGGUAGAUGUGCUUACUUCCAUCGAACUCGUGACGAAGACUCGAUGUGGAUUUGCGACGGUAGUAAAUGUCACCACGCACGAAUUGGACAACCGAAUGGAAUCCUUCUUCCUAUCAGAGACCACCAAAUAUCUAUAUUUGUUGUUUGACGAGGAUAACUUCAUCAAUGAAUUGCCCGGCGACCGACCAGUCUCACGACCGCACAUCUCUCCUUCCGGCAAUCAGUGUUAUCCAGAACUGGGCGGUUAUAUAUUCAACACGGAAGCUCAUCCAAUCGACCCAGGUGCCUUAAACUGCUGUUUCGCCAACAAUCUGGACGAUUCGCUGUCUUCUGUGGAGGACCCUCUAGCGGAGGAGAGUCUUGCAAUCCCAACUCCGGACUUAAUGGAAGAACUUGAGGCGCUGAGAAUUAAGGAAAAUGAAUUCAAUCCACUGGACCAGUUGUUGGCUCUGAUCGACUCAGCUUCUCAGGGUUCAUCGCACACAGAUCCGGAUCAGUCUGGAGAAUCGAUCUACUCUUAUACUGAUGAAAAUCCAGCUGAACGUGAUCUGUACGAACCUUGGACUGAAUUACGUGACAUGGUACUUAGCGUAAUUUCAUCGCCCCCACCAACAGCUAUUCCUUCGAACCGAAGCUUUGAAGUACCCGUAUUCGAUGAUCUUCACUCCAUUCGACCUCAACUAUUAACCUGUCCAUCUCCGCCUUUCCACCAGCGGUACACGAUCGGUGGUCAGUUAGUCAAUUUCGCAAACUGAGUCGCAAGGGCACGCGAAAACUAGCCCCACGCAUAACUUAUUUGCACUGUGAUAUUCAUUACUUUAUAUUUGUUGCCGUUUGCUAGAACAAUGAGUACAACUUUUUAUGGAUUACAA